CCGUGGGGAGGCGGCCGCCAUGGCGGCGGCGGCGGCGGCGGAGUUGGCGGCCCUGCUGGGCCCGGCGGCGGCCCCGGCGGCGCGGGCCGGGGCGGCGGAGGCAGCUCUGGCGCUGUCGGGCAGCGCGGAAGGGCGGCGGUUGCUGCUGGGGUCGUCCGAGGCCUUGCCGGCCUUGCUGGGGCUGGCGGCGGGGCCCUGCCCGCCCGCGGCCCGCGCCGCCCUGGGCUGCCUGGUGAACCUGUCGGCCGAGCCGGCGGCCCGCGGGCCGCUGCUGGCGGGGCUGCCCGCGCUGCUGGGGCUGCUGCCGGACGGGCAGGCCUGCGGGCUGCUGGCCAACCUCUGCCGGGAGCCGGAGGCGGCGGAGCGGGUGUUGCGGGGCCUGCAGGAGCGCGGCCCGGGGCUGGAGCCGCUCCUCCAGGCCCUCGCGGAGCCCCGGCCGCCGCCUCAGCUCGGACCCUUGCUCUGCAACCUCAGCCAGCUGCCCGAGGGUCGCCGCUGCCUCCUCGACCGCUCCCGGCGCUCGGUGCAGCGGCUGCUGCCGUUCACCCAGUACCGCGGUUCCGUUGUCCAUCGCCGGGGCGUCGUGGGAGCGCUCAGGAACUGCUGCUUCGACUACGGGGACCACGAGUGGCUGCUGGGUGAGGAGGUGGACAUCCUGCCCUUCCUCCUCCUGCCUCUGGCCGGCCCUGAGGAGUUCCCUGAGGACGAGAUGGAAAGGCUGCCCCUGGACCUGCAGUACCUGCCCCAGGACAAGCAGAGGGAGGAAGAACCUGAGAUCAGGAAGAUGCUGCUGGAAACCAUCCUGCUGCUCACGGCCACCCAGGCCGGCCGGGACGUCGUGAGGGCCAAGGGGACGUACCUGGUGCUGCGGGAGCUGCACCGCUGGGAGCGCGAGCCCCCCGUGCUCAGGGCCUGCCAGAGGCUCGUCCAGGUGCUGAUCGGGGAUGACCCGGGCCCGGGGAUGGAGAACCUGCUGGAGGUGCAGGUGCCGCCGGAGGUGGAGCAGGAGCUGCUGCGCCUGGAGCGGGAGGAGGAGGAGCAGGAGCAGGAGGAGGAGCAGGAGGAGGAGCGGGGCUCCCCGCAGCCCCCCGCCUGAGGGGGCCGUGCCCGCCCCCCCACACGCUGCCCUUCCUGGGGGCUAUUCCCGAGGGGAUCCGCCCCUUCCCGCUGCUGGGGAGGGGGAUUGGGGGUCCUGGGGGGGAGGUGUGUCGUGUCCCCCCCCCCGCGGCCUCCCGCGCCUCCGGGGGGACCGGGCUGAAAUGGGGCGGGGGGAGGUUGGGGAAGGGGCGGUGCUUCCUGCCCCCCACCCCCCCCCAGUGCCGUGGGGUGGCCCCGGGGGGGCUCCCCAAGGUUGAGUUCCCAAAAUGUGCCUUCCCAAAAUAAAAGGUUUCCAGCCCAAA